AUGGCCGCGCUUGAGUCUUUGAACUUUGAUGUUGAAACGGCCAUUCACUACAUUCAUUGCGUGAUUUCCGAUGUCCCGUUGGAUCUGGCGGUGUCCGAGUUGGCGCCAAUGGUGGUGCCAAGACCGGAGAGCGACACGGUGAAGGAGCUGGAGGCCGUCGGGUGUCGCAUUGUCCCACAUCAACUUCAAAUAUUCAAGGAGCGACUUGAAAGAAAGUUUGGCUUUGUUACUUUUUUCAUCCACGAGACGUCGCGAGCCGCAAGUGAUGAAGUGGUGCAUAAACUGGCACUCAAGUGGAUCCGUGGGGACCUCACGGCCCAACUGGGGUCUGUCAAGGCGUGCGUUAAGUUGGGACAGCCACCUGAGUGCUACUCGUCGGUUCCGUUUCUGCGGGCACUGCAUGAACAGUGCCCGUUUUUAGAUGCCAACAAGGUCAGAGAUGUAAAGAAGAUGGAGGCUUUUUUACUGAAAAACGUCGACUUUACUUCUGAGGGGUUGAAUUCGGACAAAAACAACAGGAAUAAGCUAAUCGAGCCUGAAGGUAAAAGUAAUGCGGAUGACGCAUGGAAAGUUGUUGGCUCGUUCCGGAUUUCUUCCCUUGCGUGGAGCGAGUUGUUGUGGCUUGCCCGUGAACAUAGGGGCCUGCCUCCUGUUGUGGCUUCCAAAGGGACGAUUGACGCCUCAAGGUGCGACAAGGAAGCACUGCGUACUUUUUUGGAAGGGGCGCUUCUUCCGCUCAUAAUAGUUGUUGCAUAG